UGGUAAAUGUAUAUAAGGACUCGGAGAUGCUCCUCUCAUUCACACCAGUCGCUCGUCCCUCUUCUGAAAUAUCCAUCCCUCCUGCCUCUUGAGAAAACGCGAGUUUAAAAAUGGCCUUCUCAGGUUUGCUUAAGGAUGAAGACAUUAAGGCAGCUCUGGAAGCUUGCAAAGCUCCCGACUCUUUCAACUACAAGAACUUCUUCGCCAAGGUUGGUCUGACCGGCAGGUCUGCCGAUGACGUGAAGAAGGCCUUCGCCGUCCUGGAUCAGGACAAGAGCGGCUUCAUUGAGGAAGAUGAGCUCAAGCUGUUCCUGCAGAACUUCUGCUCCGGUGCCAGAGCUCUGACUGAUGCAGAGACCAAAGCCUUCCUCGCUGCCGGCGACUCUGAUGGUGACGGCAAAAUCGGAGUUGAUGAGUUCGCCAGCCUUGUCAAGGCAUAAAGAGUCCACCUCAUCUCAUCUUUGACCAUCUCUCACCUCGCUACGCUUUUUAUACCCAGAAAAACGCCUGCAGGCUGUUCUUUCGUUGACAGCAUUAUGUGAAAGUAAUCCUUGUAAAUGUUGUUCACACGUGUCUCAUGUUAAUUAUUGAUCGUGCUUACUGUAAAAUAUAAAAUGCACUUUUCAGAAAAGGCGACGGGAUAAACGACACAAUAAUAAAGAUUCUUUUGGGAUACAGA